CAAUUUUCAGGCCCGCCGCGUCUGGCAAAAAAUAUGAGAAAAAAAUCAUAAAAAAUUCGGAAAAUAGUUGAAAGUCAAGAAAAAGUCCACAGAAAGGAUGUGGAAGCUCCUAGGGCACCUUAGUCCACGCUGGGAUGACAACCUAAAGCUGGACGUUGGAGUUACAUCAGCAUUAUUCGGGCACCCUGCUCUUCAUGUAGCUGGUCUGCUUUAGGGUGCCAUGGCCACUGGAACAGAGAACCGCCAUGACCAUGUCCUGGAGAAAGCCAAGCUUUCACCAACAUCAGGGAAACGCAGGAGAGCAGAAGGGAAACCCAAGAAGAAUUUUCCUUGUCAGGAGUGUCAGAAGGCAUUCAACAGCCUGGAGAAGUUGAGGGUGCACUCAUACUCUCACACAGGGGAAAGGCCGUAUCGCUGCUCCCAUCCGGACUGCACCAAGGCUUUCGUCUCCAAAUACAAGCUGCUACGGCAUAUGGCAACUCACUCACCAGAAAAAAGCCACAAGUGUUCAUACUGUGAAAAAAUGUUUCACCGCAAGGAUCACUUAAAAAAUCACCUGCACACUCACGAUCCACACAAGGAGGCCUUCACCUGUCAGGAGUGCGGGAAGAGCUACAACACCAAGCUGGGCUUUAAGCGUCAUCUGGCCCUCCAUGCUGCAAACAGUGGAGACCUGACCUGCCAAGUGUGCCUGCAGCAGUUCCCCAGUACUGUGGUUCUCCUCGAACACCUCAAAACACACGCUGGCAAGCCAUCUGGAGGGACCAAAGAGAAGAAGCAUUGUUGUGAACAUUGUGAGCGUCAGUUUUACACCCGCAAAGAUGUGCGACGCCACAUGGUGGUGCACACUGGACGCAAGGAUUUCCUCUGUCAGUUCUGUGCUCAGCGCUUUGGUAGGAAGGAUCACCUGACACGCCACAUGAAGAAGAGUCACACCAGGGAGCUGCUGAGGGUAAAAACUGAACCAGCUGAUUCGCUGGAGGCAGAUGUAUAUGAUUUGGCUACUGGAAGCAUCAAGGACGAACUUCCAGCAACACUGACAACAAGAUCACACCAGGUUAACAUGUUCACAAGCUCCGACCUGGACACAGAGACCUUUUCUUCCCCAAGUAAUCCCUUUUCUCUAAAGUACCCACUGAGCUCCAACUUUACCUCAUACACCAUCACCUCACAUGAGAGGGAGCAGAAUCUAAAGGGAGAACUGGAGACCUAUCUAAUGGAGCUGCAGAACAGCAUGCCAUCCUCAUCCUCUGCAUCCGUAGAGCCUCAAAUCCCAUCCUCCAAACUCGAGUUGUUACCUCAUGUAGGUAUGCUGGAGGAAGCAAGCGAGGAGGCAUCCCUCUCCAAAAUUUCCACACCAGCAACAGGUCCUGCAGCAGACUCUGUAGCCUCAUCUUCUUCACUUAUGGAUUUUUCCCAACUGUUCAACUUCUUGCCACACAAUGGGCCUCCAUACAAUCAUGUCGGAAGUGGCGGGGGCAGCAUAGGACCAGCCAUCACCUUUCCUUCCACUGAAGAAUCUGUUCCUCUACUCCAGCUGCCCACCCAGAUACCUGUGGGUGAAGAACCUGCAGAGAAUCCUCUCCAAGGACUCCCCUCCUCCUUCAUAUGUAGUCUGAGCACACCCACAACACUACCCAGGUUUCACCAAGCAUUUCAGUGAUGAAGUCUCUCCUGCCAAAUGCAGAGCCCCCAUAGCUGAAACAGUCAAACAGGAUUCCAGUAAUUCUAGAUAGUCAGGUUAUUUGUUAAAAAGUGAAGAGACAAUUACAAAGCAAUAGGUGGAUGAUGACCAGGGCCAGCAGUUACAAACAUACACACAACUUUAUAUGUAUCUGGCUUAUUAAACCUUAGCAGAUCUUCACGUUUAUUCCAGAUAAAUUACCCAGUUCUUUAUUUCUGGAACUAUUCUCCUAAAGUCUUUUUCUUUCAUAUUUUCUAAGCUGCUCCAAAGACAGAGAUUACUUAAGUAACUAUGAGCUUCAAUAUUCCUCUUUAAUAGCAUGUUAGAAAGUGUCACUCAGCUUCAGGCUGAUUUAAUGCUUGUUGCAAUAAAUCAGCAAUAAGCAACUUAUUGUGAAAUGAAUAUAGAAAUAUGGACAGCUCACUUUUAACCAACACUGCCACAUCAUUGAAUAGUUUUUAUCUGGGACAUUUUCUCUAACUGCAGUAGUUCAGAUGUGUAACCCACAGUUUACUUAGAACUUGAUAAUCAUUCCUAACUCUUCAUGGCAACAUAGACCCCUGCUUUAACUUUGUAUGUUGCCACAAAGUAGAGUGCUACUUUAGAUUUUAGUGUUGCCAUAUUUUUAAAGCACAGCUCUGUAGUUUUGCAGGAAUUCAAACUAAUAAUCUUAACCAGGAAAACAUCUCCUAAUAUGUAAACUGUUUUGUUUAUGAAAUAGGCUGCAGACAUGACAGAAUGUAGUAAAAGGACACACUUUACUGAAGCAAAAUUACCAAACUAGAACUUCUGAGUAUCUAUUUAACUUCCUGACAAUAAGCAAAGUCCACAAAACAAUACAAUUAAAUCUCCUAAAAUAUUGAGCUAAAAAUGAUCCAGCAACAAAAUUUGUGAGAGUUAGUAUUCAAUAAUUAGCAGUGAUAGGCUUCUUUCUUCAAUCCCGGUUAAUCACCAGACAAGAGGACCAAACUAUCUAUGGGCAAGGUACUGCAUCCCUCAUCUGCCUUUGGAUAUGUAAAUGGAAACUGAUUUACUUCAAAUUAUUUUUUGGCCAAAUAUCAAAACUAACAGCUGUUUCUCAUAAAUCAAGUUGAAACAAUUUAAAAACCUCAACAAAAUUAAUGGUUUCUCCACAUGCAAUGCCACUUUUGUUGUAAGUGACCCUUACAUUCACAGGGGUAAGAGACCACAACACCCAGAAAGUAGCUAAAAUCUGCAAAUACUUGCAACUUUUAAUAGUUUAAAUACUAGAUUUACCUUAAUAUACAGUAAUAAAUACAAUGAAAACUGCAGAACUAACAUCCUCUGUCUUCCUUGUUUCUACUCUUUGGGGCACAGCGUCAAGGAAAAUGAAUGGUGCCGCUUGAUUGGCUCCUUUGCAAAUGCCAGUAUGUCUUGGUAUUGACAUAGGUAUUUCAGAUUCACAAGCUGUAUUUUCUUUAAAAUCUUUUUUAAAUAUAUGCUCUAUGACAAGAUCUGCAAAUAAGCACAUUUUUCAAAUGGUAUUUGGAGUAACAUUAACAGAAAAAUACAUGAAUAGGUGAAUCCUGCAACUAGGUAGGGAUCUACUGUAUUAUUUACUAUAACAUAUUAGCAAAGAGAAUUUUCAAUCUGAAGCCUGUAUACUUGAUUGAUAGAUUCACCUAUUCACAGGUUUGUCUGUGAAACAUGUAACUCCAAAUGAUUUGAAAAUAUUUUUGGACAGCACAUUAAAAUUUCUAAAGAAAAUACGGCUUGACAAGCAAAAAUGUGUAAGUGCCGCUCAACUUCACAUGCUAUUGGCUGGUGGUUGCAAAACAGCCAAUCCAGGAGCUUCAUCAGUUUUCCUUGGCAAACUGAUGAACUUACCUACCUCUACUCUAAGAGUAGAGGUAGGUAAGACUGGGGACAACAGCUGCUGCGUUAAUGCUAAAAUGGUUUUGACUGUGUGUAUUAAAGUAUAUUAGGGGAUAAUUAUUGUCUGAAUGAUUAAAAUAGGCAGAUGCAGGGGAUUUAGGAGGGUUCUUAAUUAUUUAUGGAUUUUAGCUAUUCACAGUUGGUCACAAUCCCUAGCCGUGAUGUAUGCUGGGGUCCACUGCACAUUGAUGUUCCAACAAAGAUUGCAAUUCCAUGUAUUGUAUUGACAUAUGAAGAACUAUAUACGCCAAUUAAAACUAAAGUUCUGAAGUUGACAUUAGUUUGGAGCACUUCCCAUUUAACACAGAGGCUUCAGUUCUGUAAAUAAGGGCUCCACCAAGAGUUUCUUUAAUAGAAGAAAACACUUAAACAUGGUUAUAGCUGAGAUGUUCAUCUGCUGUCCUGCAAAUGAACAUCUCAUGUGUGACGUGUGAUUCACAUGUCACUCAAUACCACCUUGUGAUUCACCUAAGCCCAAAAUGGUACCUUUACCAACACAGAUCAGGCACAACUUUAUGACCAUCUGUCUAGUAUUUAAAUAUCUGACUAAACAUCCCAUCAGAAAUGAUUUUGAUGCAAUUAUUAUAAUAUUAAUUUAUUAUUAUAUAAUGAUGUUUGAAAUAUAACUAUAAUAUUCAUAUGAUAAACAAUAGUUCUAUCUCUUGCCUUCUAUUAAAGUAAAAGCUGCUGUCUGUGUAGACUUUGUUCAGGUCUUAAAAAUAUGAAUGUUGUUGUGAGCUUCCAGAAAGUCUAACACAAUUCAGAAAUGCAACUCCAUGCGACGUUCAUGCUACAAUAAAAAUAAAAGUUAAUAAAAGUAGGUUUAAAUGUAAAUAUUGUCCUUACAUCUAGUGUUGCUGUUUAUGUGGAGUUGGGUUCUGCUCAGCUGGGAUCCCAGCCUUCUGGGACAUGCCUUGGUUCUGUCCUGAUUAUUUUAGAGUCGAGACAAUUGAUAUGGGAAAAAAUGUCUUUAAAUACGAAAACCUCUUUAGAAAACUGAACAGAGCAUGGAAGGAGAUUUUAGUGUUUAGAUAUGAUCUUUAACAAGUCAAAGUAAGACCCAACCUGUUGAGAUUAAACAUCUGUCAGUAGUUGUUUUGUUUUUUUUUCUCAGAUUAGAGUUUACAUUUAUUUGUAUGUAAGUAUAAAAAAACACAAUAUAAAAUGUAUAGCUUUUCUAAUUUGGAAUUCAAGUCCCAAGAUGAGCCUUUCACAACCAGUCCUAGUUCCAAUGUUUAAAUUUCUUGAAGUACAACAAAUAGUUGCCUUGAAUUCAAAUUUAUCCUCCCAAAACUGCCAUUGUCACAGAUUUGACAAUGGAAAUACCAUGCAUUCUUUACCCAGACAGCAGUUAAUUUUUUUGACCCAUAUAAAUAUGGAGUAACUGUGGAUCAAUCAGGAGAGUAUUUGUCUUUUGUUUUGAAGGCUGAAGGAUACACUCCAACGUCUUCCUGUUUCAUGUUGAUGUAUCCUUGAGCUAGGCACUUAACCAAAAGUUACCUACCAAUCUGUGUAUUGAUAUAUGAACAUCAGUAUUUGAGAACAGCUUAAAAUUGGUUAAAAUUGUAAUAUAAAAGUACAGUCCAUUUAAAGUUUCUCGUGUCAUUGAUCUCCUUUCAAAGGUUCCUGAUCUUGGUAACUGUUUCUUUGUCUGACGUUUUCUAUCUGUUCCGCUUUCCCAUAUUAAUUUGUCAUUAGAAACUAUGUGUUGUUGAUAUCCAUCAGGAUAUAUGUUAGACGCCAGGAGCUGCUGCUUGACUGUCAGGUUACAGGUGAAGAACUCUCUCUUUUCCACUAGCUGUGAAAUCAUCCACAAGUUCAAAAAAUAAUCAGACAUGAUUUGUGUGACAGUGGUGAAAAAGAGUUCUUGUAUUGAUGCAUUAAUGACCUUAUCUGACAAAUAUCUGGGGUAGCUGACACUCUCUGUUGGAAAUAAAAUCAUCUGAACAGAGAAUGGAGAUCAGGGUUUCCUCAAUAAACUGUUGUGUGGUUGAUCCAGAAAAACACCUGGUUUGAGUGAUGUGUGCUUUCUGUUGAAAUGCACAGAACUGACAUUUUAUCAAGUCCAUCAUAGUGUUCUUUACCUCAAAACUUCAGUAUUCAAGUCAUGAAUUCCAGUUUCUGUUUAACAUUAAGUUCCCUUGUAUUCCUUCCUGAAUAAGGUUUUUGUAGGCCAUGUAAAAUGUAGAGUUGAAUGUUAUUGUGUCAAAGCAUUUAUCAGUGUGUGCUACCUGUAUCUUGUGAAGACUUUAUGAAAAAUGUUUUUGAUAAUUGCAGCACUUUGUGUUCAUGAAAUGCCUUUAAUCUUCCAGUGCUUUUGGUUUAAAUGCAUAAUACAAAUGUAUAAAUGAUAUAUUUACCUCUUUUAGAUAUCAGUAAAAUGUAAAUACAUUAUAAAUGUUUUAUUUUUACAGUUUGCCGUUUUGACAGAGUUUUUCUGAUAAAAGUGUACUUUUUGCUUUACUUGCACACAGUCUGUAUGCAGUUUGCAAAGCAUACGUUAGUUGAAGUUACCUAUUCAUACGCUCUUAAAGUCAAAGCCACAUCAAUCAAGAUUUAAUGAACAUUUUAACACCUAAAUAUAUCUCGCUCCAGUAUGUUUUAAUUCAGACAAAUAAUGCUUAAAAAAAGGUCUAUACAGCCUGAGACAAACAAUACAUUCAAUUUUGCAUUGUCCUCAUUCAUCCAACAUUAAACUAAGCUGAAAUGUAGAAGCAGAUUAUAGAUAUUAAGCCCAGUCUUCCAUUCAAUAACUUUUAAACAAUCAUCUCCUGUAUGACCUUAUCAGAGUUUUGUCUUAUUAUUAGAGAAGUAUUUUCACAGAACUAUUAAAGUUUAAUUGGUGCUCAUAAGAGCUCUCAUCAGACUGGGAUCUGGACAGGGGAUCGACUACUUCAACAGUCUCAUUUUAUCUGUUAUUCUGUUGUAGAUAUGAAUUGUCUUUUCGGAUGAACUACUUAGGCCAAGCUUCAACUGGAAGACAGAUGACUUCAACUAUGUCUUGAGAAUACAUUGUGAAUGGUACAGAGCAUUGUUGCCUUGCAAUAAGAAGAUCCUGGCUUUUCCCUGUGCAUCCAUCAGUUUUCUCAGGGUGUCCAUAGUCCAAAAACAUGACCGCAUUGUUACUUAGUCUAUAUAAAAGUGCCCUUAGAUAUGAGUGUGUGUGCAUGUUUGCCUGCCCUCUGAUGGCCUACUUCCCCACAAUGUACUCUGCCUCCCACCCAAUGACCGAAGAUAAGUAACCUUUCUAUUGGGUAUAGACGAUGGCUGGAUGAUGCCGAGCUGUUAAGGGUUUACUUAAAUGAGCUCAAUGUAUCCAGAUACACUUCUCCAUGCUCAAAAGUGUAUACGAGGAGUUAAUCCAGAACCUUUUAGCCAAAUAGCUGUAGUAACAUUCAACAGAAAUUUCUCAAGCUGGUUCGUUUGGAAUCUAAAUUUAAAAAGCAUGGUAAUGUGUAAGAUGUAGCUGUUGAAUGUUGUGACCUCAAGGUAAACUCUGAUCCAUGUUGUAUGUUAUUGCCGUUGUAUUGACACAAACGUGUGUGCUACAGAGCAACUAAUUGCUGAUGUAAAUACUGUGAUGCAAGCAAUGAGGGUGAACUUAAUUUUUCACACCCGCCUUCUGCGUUUUGCUUUGGUUUUUGGUAAAUAAAUCAAAUGUGUCAGAUAAAUUUGUUAUUUGUCACUCGAGGUUGUAUUUGUUUUAAGACUUGGUUUGAACCAGAUGAUUUAGAUAUGGUCUAGCGGCAUCCUUCGAAUUAAGGAAGGGUAUACUUACUUUUUCUGACACAAUUUCUGAGAUUGUGACAACAGAUUAGUUUGGUUUUGAUUUUUAUAAAUGUGUUAAUUCUGUCUUAGACAUUAUAGAUGAACCCAAAUAUUUAACAGUAGAACUUGUAUGUUAUCUAGAAUCCAAGGAUUUUAAGUGAGAUGGUUGAAGAAAAAAUAAAAACAAACAUAAGGCCUUGUUGAUUUUGUCAAAUAGUUAAAACUCUAUGUUUCUCUGGUGAUGUGGAGACAGAAGGCCACCAGUAAAAGGCAGACUAGUUCAUUUGGUGUUAGACAAAUUUAUAAGUUCCAGCAGUACCAGUAAUCUAUAUUGAAUGUGUAUGUAAGAAACACUGCAAUACUGCAAAAAAUAUUAUGGUAUUGGAACAAGCUGCUAUAAUAUGUCUAAAGCUCCGUAAGGUGCUACAGACUUCUUUCUCUAAAAUGUAUUGUUUGUACAUGUAUCCAGCUUAGCUGAAAAGCUGCCAUGUGUGCCUGCUUCUACUUUAUAUAUAUAUAUAUAUGUUUGUUGUACUGUGAGUCUUUGUUCCUCUGUUCAGACUUGCUUGUAAUUACAUGGUCCCAGUAUACAGCUGCAUACAACACCACCACAUGUAAAAAUGCUGAAAGAAAGAGAAGAAAGAUGGGAACAUGCAGAUUCUCAAACGUUUUUGCAUGUUGUUCAAAGUGAUUUGAAGGAAUUGAAAGAUAAACUUCAUCAGACGUGUUGAGUUUCCUGCUUGUUCUGUUUUAGCAUUUUCACCCACAUUGUCUAUAGCAAAGUCAGAGCACAAUCUCUGGGAAAAAGUUCCUACACAUUUUCCCAAACUACUGUUAUAUUUUAUACAUAUAGGUAAAAUAAAUCAUACAUAUAAGUACAAAUACAUGUGUGUUUAUAGAUGGUGAAAAAUCAAUGCUGCAGCCUUUAACAUCUGUUUUUUUCCCCUUCUUUGUCUUUUUAAACAUUGUCAUUAUCCAAAGAAAGUUUAUUUAUUGGUUGGCAAAAUAACCAGACUUCAUUCAAAUACAAUGCUGCUAUGAAAGAGGAGAGUUGCAUUUGUCAACGCUCGUGUUUUUACUCAGUGUAAUGAAAGUUCAAUAAAGUUAAGGAAAAGAAUCAA